UCCACUAUAUAUAUUCUUCGUACUCUCUCCCGUUUCUUCCCUAAUCCAAACUCAUUUUCAACUAACUAAAACCACUAACUAAAACCACUAUCAAUUGAUCGAAUCACAUCCAUUUCAAUUUAUUGAUUGAUCGAUUGAAGAUGCCGAUGCGAUCAACAGGCGGAUUGAAACAAGAGUGGGAGCCAAUCGUGCUGCACAAGCCAAAGAUGAAGGCACAAGACCUGAGAGAUCCGAAAACAGUGAACAAGGCAUUGCGAACCGGAGCUCAGAUUCAAACGGUGAAGAAAUUCGACGCCGGUUUGAACAAAAAGGCAACGGCGGCAGCGGCUGCUGUUAAUGUGAGGAAGCUAGAUGAGGCGGCGGAACCGGCGGCGCUUGAGAAAGUACCGGUAGAUGUGAGACAAGCGAUACAGAAAGCAAGGAUUGAGAAGAAGAUGAGUCAAGCUGAUUUAGCGAAGAAGAUAAAUGAACGGACGCAAGUUGUUACUGAGUAUGAGAAUGGUAAGGCGGUGCCUAAUCAACUCGUAUUGGGGAAAAUGGAGAAAGUGCUUGGUGUUAAACUUAGAGGUAAAAAUCACAAGUGAGAAGUGUUUUAUUUGUGUUGAGAGUCGGACUUCAAUGUAUAUAUCGACUGAUACUUAUAAUUAGUUAAUGGCUCUGUAACUUUUCAAACUUAUGGCUAUGUAAAAAAAGUACGUGUUAAUAAUGUUAAUGGUUCUCUUUUUUAAUGGUAUACUCUUUUCUCUGGCAAAAUAUUUCUAUCUCGUA